UGCUGACCCGCCAUCUUGGCGUCUGCGGCCGCUUUUCUUCUCGCCUCUCUGCCUUCUGGAUUGCGCCUGGUCUCUGUCGCCGUGUGACUCGCCGGUGCCCGGACGCCCACCGCGAGGGGGCCGCUCACCCGGAGUCCCGAGAUGGGGCUGGUGUCAUUUGAGGACGUAGCUGUGGACUUCACCUGGCAGGAGUGGCAGGAGCUGGAUGCUACUCAGAGGACCCUCUACAGGGACGUGAUGCUGGAGACCUACAGCAGUCUGGUGUCCUUGGGGCACUGUGUUACUAAACCUGAGCUGAUCUUCAGGUUGGAGCAUGGAUUUGGGCCGUGGAGUAUAGGAGAGGCUUCACUCUGGAAUCUCCCAGGUGUUCUUGAAGUGUAUGCUCCAGAUAAAACUUGCCUGGGAAAUCCAGAGAGUCACAUCUGGCCGUUGGGAAGUGUCAGCGGGAAUCUGUCAAACAAAGAGAUGCUUGAAGCAGAAAUGAAGGUUCAACUGGCACUCCAUCAAGGUACAAAACCCUAUGAAUGUAAACCAUGUAUGAAAAUGGUUACUCUGACAUCGCAGCAGCCGGGCAAGCAGCAGGAGUAUUGUUCAAGUGUGAAACCCUACGAAUGGAAGGAAUGUCAGAGAGCUUUUCAUUCUAAGUCAGCGCUCUCUGACCAUCAGAGAACUCGUACAAGAUUGAAGAUCUAUCAGUGUACAGAAUGCAGGAAAGCUUUCCCCUCCAAGUCAGAACUCGCUGUGCAUCAUAGAAUUCAUACCGGGGAGAAACCCCAUGAAUGUGAAGAGUGUGGGAAAGCUUUCUAUCGUAAGUCAACCCUUACAGUACAUCAGAAAACUCACAGGGGUGAGAAGCCAUACGAAUGUAAGGAAUGUUGGAAAGCUUUCUAUUAUAAGUCAACCCUCACCGAACAUCAGCGAAUUCAUACAGGUGAGAAGCCUUAUGUGUGUAAAGAAUGUGGCAAAGCUUUCUUCUACAAGUCAAACUUAACUCGCCACCAUAGAACUCACACAGGUGAGAAGCCUUAUGAGUGUGAAGAGUGCAGGAAAGGGUUCUCCUCCAAGUCAGAGCUCACUUCCCAUCAUAGAACUCACACUGGGGAGAAGCCCUAUCAGUGUGAAGAAUGUGGCAAAGCUUUUUACUGCAAGUCAACCCUGCGUGUACAUCAAAAAAUACAUACAGGUGAAAAGCCCUAUGAGUGUAAGGAGUGUCUGAAAUCUUUCUAUUAUAAGUCAACCUUGACCGAACAUCAGAGAACUCAUACAGGUGAGAAGCCCUAUGAAUGUAAAGAAUGUGGUAAAGCUUUCUUCUAUAAGUCACAGUUAACUCGCCACCAUAGAAUUCACACAGGUGAGAAGCCUUAUGAGUGUGAAGAGUGCAGGAAAGCUUUCUCCUCCAAGUCAGAGCUCACUGCUCAUCAUAGAACUCACACUGGCGAGAAGCCCUAUGAGUGUAAAGAAUGUGGCAAAUGUUUCUGUCGUAAGUCCCACUUAACCCUCCAUCAUAGAAUCCAUACAGGUGAGAAGCCCUAUGAGUGUAAAGACUGCAGAAAAGCUUUUUUCUGCAAAUCAGGACUUGCCCGACAUUUGGGCACUCAUACACAUGAUACUAAUACAAAGAGUAGAGAAAAGCAUUUUCCUGCAACUCACAGCCCAGUCAACAUCAGAAAUGUCAUGCAAGUGAGGAACCCUGUGGCUAUAAAGAAUGAAGAAAAACUCUCCACUAUAAAUCAGUCUUCACUCCAUACCAUGGACUUCUUAGAGCUGAGAAGUCCUAUAGAUAUACAUAAUGCAGGAAAACUUGAUUUCAUAACUCAUACAUCGUUCAAUAUGAGUGAACUCAGAUGAGACACACUAAUAAUGUAGAAGAGGAAAGAAAGCUCGCAGUCAGCCAGGAUCACUUGACAUUAAAGAGUACCUGUAGAAUGAUGACACGUGAAAACUGCCAUGAGGGAGACCUUUUUCAACAUCAGAAAACCCAUAUUGUGAGACAUUUGUAUCUGGAAAGAGCACAGGAAAGCUCUACUAUAGUUAUUUCAGAGUAAGUAACUCAUACAUGUGAAGAAGCUUAUGAAUUUAAAAGCCAAAAGGUUUUAAUGGUAAGUCAAGUCUCAGUUGACAUGAGUAUAUCUGCAUUGAAGAACCCUGAGAAUGCUUAAAAUCAAAAACAUGUCCUAGUGUAGAAUACUGUAUAUGUGCUAACCUUAGGAAACAAACAUUUAAGGGACCUAGGAAAAGAACAUAGGAAAAUGUUAAUAAGUCAGAUCACAUUCCGCAUCAGAAAAGUCAUAGACUUUGUGCAAAUAACAAAUUUGUCGUGUAUACUGCUACUUGCUUAUGGUCCAUGCUCACUGAGACAUAGAUAUCCAAGACUAGAAACAUCAGAUCCUCUCCCGCUCUGGUUGGGCCUAGAGUGUUGUAAGGGCAUUUGUACCUGGUAGGAGGCACUGGCAUCUUGUAGAACUGCUAAAGUCGUUGGUGAUCUGUGUUCUCUGAUUCUCAUCUGGCAAGAGAAAAGAUGGCGAAUCUUCUGAUAAGGUCGGUUUAAUCUGACAGUCACUGACAUAGGAGUCAAGAAAUAGUGCUUAUUUCCUGAUCAUCCUCAAAGAAGGGAUAAUUAAGAGUAGUGAUAUUAUAUCAGCUUAGGAGCACAGGAGAGACAGGUACAUGAGGAUUGUACCACACUUUGCAGAUACAGAAGGGAGUCUAGACCCAGGCCUAAUAUAACAAAUCAAGUGAGUGUUAGAGCCAGGAUCAAAUAUCCUAUCUGAGCUCAGUGAUGAGUGCUCCUGCACCAUUUUACUUGGUGAGCUUUAUACCCUGCUGUUAGUGGCCGAAGGGAGAACAGUCUUCACUUCCAUUUUCUGACUCUGGCAGAAGAGAAUCUUAAUAAUGUUAUCAUGAGUGACUGUUCUCUCAGCCAGGGAACUGCCAUUUCGGGGAAUUCAGCUGUGCCCCUUUCAAAAGCUCAUCCCAGCUGAGCCUGUUGAUGGUUUACACCCUCUUCUCCCCUUCCCAGUGUCCAACUGCUCCCUACAACUGGAAGCUCUGCAGACUGCCUGGGGAAAAGAUUUAGAGUGAGUAUGUGUAUGGAUGUGUGUGUGUGUUGAUGCAUACAUAUUUAUAUGUGUGUGUACGUGGAUGCCAGGGAAGACUAGGGAAGGGGCCACAUCCUCCAUCUGUGCUGUUUUGGAAAAGCCACAUUCCUAUUGGGUAAGGAUUUCCAGAUGCAGCCCACUGCGGGUAGAGUACCCACACCCUUGUAAGUAACCCUCAAGCUCUGUAAGAAGCCAAAUAAACUCACUGGUUUAUUUGUGA